AUGGAUUCGACGAGGCUAAAGCAAAAGAGACCAGCACAACAAAUCUGGGCGCGGUCAGAGUGCCGGAAUACAAUCAAGCGUCAUGUAAAUUCUGCUGUAGCAGCGGUCGGACAGGCUGAAGAAGCAGUUGUAAUGGCAGAGCUUGAAGGUUGGCAUAUCAUACUAGCCUUAUCACUGCUCUGCAUAGUGAUAUUAAGCUUGAUCUCAUUUCUCGUUGGGAUUUGUAUUGGACGUAAGAAAGGCAGCAAUCGGAUUAAAAACAAGAAUCCUAUUCAAGGCACUGAGAAGUACUACUUUUCUCUUUUAAAUGUUUACUUAAUAAAUUGCAAACGUUUUUCGACUGUUGUGGCACGUCUUACAAACGCUGAUCGUGAAGUGAACAGCGGAGAGUGUGGUACGACCGCUCGAGCCAACCAGUCAUCCACAAAUAAACCAAGCAGUAUCACUAGAAUGAUAAAUGAAGAAAGUGUCAGAACACGGAAUGUACCAUCCUCGCAAGAUACAUAUAAUCAUUGUGCAAUUGAGUUACAAACUGCAAUAUGCCGUUUAGAAUCAACCAGUGAUACACAGAUGGCAUCUUCUAAUGACGAAAAAACUCAUGAUGAAAAUAUGAAGCAAUUAACAAUGAACAAUCAUAAAACUGUGCUGAAAAUACCAAAAGUUUAUGAUAUUACGACAAGUGAGGAAGUUGUUUCACCCCAGAAAAUCGUACAAGACACUGACUGCGACCAUCCAUGUACUACGGAAGAUUCUUGUAGUAAGGGGUGUUUCGAAUUCAUCAUUCCAGAAAUUGAAACAAGUUUGUCGCAGUCACUGAUGACCAAGAGUUUGUAA